AACCGGAAAUCGAAGAUGUACGGAACAAUGUCCGCUGAGAUGACGGUUGAUGUACCGCCAACUGAAGCGUGGAAGGUCUACGGCACACGACAGCUCCCGGAAGUGGCGGAGGAAGCCAACUCCGACUUUAUAAGCCGGGUCGACGUCGUCCAAGGGGACGGCGGCGCCGGAACUAUUCUCGAGGUCGUUUUUCGUCCAGGGAUGGGUGCGGGAAUGAAUUCGUUCAAGGAGAAAUUCAUAGUGGUGGAUAACGAGAAGCGUGUGAAGGAGGCCAAGGUUGUGGAAAGUGGAUUUUUGGAUCUAGGGUUCAAGCUGUAUCGUAUGAGAUUCAAUGUGAUAGAGGUGGAGGGAAACGAGAAGCAGUGUAUAACUCGAUCUACGAUCGAGUACAAGCUCAAAGAGGAAGCUGCAGCGAAUGUUGAAAUCGCUUCCAUUAAACCAUUCACUGGCCUCAUGCUACUCUGUGCUAAGUAUUUUCUCCGCAACAAUGACAAUUGAUCAACUAUAGCUGCAACAAUGACAAUUGAUCUAAUAUUAACUUGGGAACGCGUGUUUUACUUUCAUGUUUACUAAAAUAAAUUCCUCCUACUAUAUAUCUUUGUAUUUCAUUUUCUCUCU